CCUCACUGAUACGGAAAGUUUGAGGUCUGUUGCUACGGGACUUCAGUCAGUUGUUACGCGGUGAAAGUUCACCCUAGAAAAAUAAUAGAGAACCUUUACAACGGUUUUGAGGAAGUGUUGUGAAAUGCGUUAAAUAUGGUGAACCGCAUAGACAUGACCUGGGAAGCGCUUAAUUGAAGUCAUCACUUGAAAGGUUGCUCUACAUGCAGUGCGAUGUGGAUGUCCACACAGCCAAGGAGGGGGCCCCAUCCUGCGUAACACCGGACUAUCCUUGGUGUUUUCACGUCACUUUAAGACAACAAUGUUACACGUUUACUGUGGACAACAAAGGGAAUGUUCUAAGGGAAAUUUUCAUAUUCCAGAAGAGUCACAUUUGAACAAUAAUACUGGACUGCAGCAAAGACGAGAUUUAAAUUAUGCCUUAUCAGCCGGUACCAGUUCUGCACCUCAGGAAGACUGCCUUGGAAUCACAUUUCCAUUACAGGAUCAGUGUUCUUUUGUGUCUGAGAGCAAACGGGAGACAAUGUGUCCACUGCUGUACAACUUGCUGAAAGCAAAUCCUCCAGAUUCCAAAUCCCGUACCUCCCCAUGUCCUUCGUCAGAAGAAAUUUUGACUGAAAUGAAUUCUGACACUAAUUUUUCAGAUAUGAACUGCAGGGGUGGGCAAGUGAAAAGUUCCCAAACUGCGCUUAACUGUGGCCAGACUACAACACAACACCUAGAUCAUUCAAGAGGAACUCAUUUCACCCUGCGUCAGCCGCAGGUCUCCCCAUCCUCUUUUAGCGCUCAGCUAUCCACAAACAAAGUCUCGCCGGUUGAAGAAACGGAACCUAUAGAUGACCAAAAACUGGACUUUAUUGUAAAAAGGCUUGCAAAAUUAUAUAAAAACAAAAAUAAUGGACACCCACACAUCAAUAAGGGGUGGAAUUUUUGCACUGACAGGAACUUGACACUCCCAUCUGACGGCAUCAUGUCCAACAGUGUUGCCCAUCUCCCUACAACCUCUGCCUCUGACAAAGAUGAUGUUGAAAGGCAAAGUGCUGUAAUUGCGCAGCGCACUGCUGCAGCUGGACAAAAAGGAGAGGACAGUUCGAAGGGGAGCAAAGCAGAUGCUGAUUUGCUUAUCAAAUCUAAAGAGACAGGUUAUUGUUCUACAUCUGUAUCAGAGAAACCUUCAACAGGUACACUAAUCUCUGCUGUAGGAGACUCAUCACAUGCUUAUAAAAAUCAAUCUUUUUAGAACCGUGUAUCUGCGGCUUUGGAUUUGCCUGUAAAAAAACACUUCGAUGUAACUAUGCAUGCACAUGGCAAACUUUUUUACUCAGAUCACUAUAAAGACAAAACAUUUUCCUGUAGCAAUGAUGAAAGUUUCCGUAGUAAAUAUUAUGAUAAGCAUUUACAGAGUGGCUUGACCACUCUUCAUUAUUCAUUAACUGCGCUAAAGGAGUUGAUUGCUAGUCUGGAGAAUGUAGAAACCAUUGCAGAGAUGGACAAUUUAUCUAAAGUCAUACUGCAACAAUAUUGGAAUGGGAAUAUAGAUAACGUUCAUCUCUUUACAUCCACAGAAUAUCCACAAAUUAUGAUGAAAGUUGCUGCCAAUUGCGCCAAGAGUGAAGAUGAGAGUCCGGUGGUUCUCACCGCAAUGUCUGAAGUGACCUUGGAUGAACCGACUGAGAAGCACUCUUCAAUGCUCAACUGCUGCUUGCCACAAGAAGAAUAUAAGCCUCUUCAUUUAAAUAUCAAGAAUUUGGAUGACACACACCAAGUGCCUAGUGUUGGUUGGUUCAAAUAUAUGACAGAAGAGGAGAAAGGAGAUGCAGGCCUUAAACCAGUGGAGACACUAGGGUUGGACAAUGUGCACACAAAGUCCAGUUUAGAGGUAUCUGAAAACAAAAUGCUCCUUGAAAAUCCAAAGAAUAACAUUGCUGAACAACAUUGUGAUGUUGGCAAUAAGGAUGUAAUUGCACAUCCCAAACUAAAUUCAUCAAUUGAUAACAUUUUUCACGUAUCAAUGCAAAGUGAAAUGGUGUGCAACCAAACAAGUCGUGCAGGUGUGAGGGAGGAUGCAGGUUCUGUGCUGUCACAGACUGAUCUAAGGACUGCAGUUUAUGAAAACAAAGUCAAAGAACAUGCCCCUCUAUUUAAAGGCAAGGGUGAGGAAGCACAUUUUGAACAAAUUUUAAAAGAUCCAUUUUAUGAAGACAUUUCAGAUGAAGACAACUUUAUCAAGCCGUCACAACUGGCCAAAAUCACCCCAAACACAGAGCAUGCGGAAUCAAGCUUUGCAGUAUAUUAUGAAGACCCACAGUAUGAAGACAUAAGUGAGGAUGAAAAUGUGCAGAUGGAGAAUAUGUCUGUGGAGAGGCCUUUGCUUACACAAGUACCUGAACGCAACGACAAGCAGUCACCAUUGGAAAAUAAAGGCCAUGAGCAUGGUCAGGCUCACAUGAAGAUGGCAGUCAUUUCAGAUAUAGCACAACAUUGCUCUCCAUGUUUUAUGGAAACUGAUGACUUUGAUUUAAGUCCUAAGUGCGACAGUAACAGCCAUCUGGGAUUGCCAACAAACCACUCUGUUUCAUGUAGUCCUUCCUCUUUUUUGAAUGAUGAGACUGAUCAGAUGGAGGAUGAUGACUGGACAGUCAUACCAAUCAGCAUUUCAGACCUUAAAUUUGAAAUGGAUGAUGAAGACCAAGACAGCCCAGAAAAUGUUCUGCUAGAUGAUGAUGAAACUGGAGACAAAGAGAGAUCAUAUGACAGAAGUUCCACACACCAUGAGUCACCGUGGCCAGCUCCAAAACCAGGACCAGCUUCUGCUUCAACAGGAAAGCUAGAGGUGUUUGACACAAUUCAGAGCUUUCAACAAGCAAAAUGUUUACAAUUUAAGAAUAUAUUCGAGGUGGUAUCAGACAAGUGCCUAUCUGAACAUGAAGUGGACUCUGGGGGAGAAGCAUAUAAACUUCAGAACAGGAGUGAGUCUGAGCAUGAAGACAGCUGUGAUACUGAAGACAGUUGUGAUUACUCAUCAGGUACAGAACAUAACUAUAUGACUGUGCACAGGCAGUUUUGGGAGAAGAGGUCAGCACCUCUGCUCCCAGAGACUGAUGAAGAUGUGUCUGAAAGAGAGGGUGAAGAUAAUGAUGUAAUAAUCAUUGAUUCUGACACAGAGGAUGAAGGUGACCAAAUCUGCAAAAAGAAGGCAGGAAGAAACAGGAAGAGAAUAUUCUCUUCAGGCUCAGAGGAUAGUGGUGAUGGACCAUAUAGUCAACAAAAGAGACAAUCACCUGAAACUGUGAACAGUUGGUGUGGAACUAUUGAAGAAAAGUUUCCAAAAAACAGACUGCCAUCUGCAGGCUCACCAGCACCACAGCACCAGUCUAAACUUGAUGAAAUGGGGUUUAAAGAAGUGACACAGGAUGCUUGCUCUGACCGGUCACACAGUACGGGCGAGAGUGGGCAGCCGAUUGAAACCAAAGCUGGCUCUGAUCAUGUUAAACAGAAGACUGACAGGCAAAAGAUUGCUAAAAAGGAUGAUGUAAUAAUCCUUGAUUCUGACACAGGUGAUGACGAUGAUCAAAACUACAAAAAGAAGGCAAACAAGAAGAGAUUCUCCUCAGGCUCAACAGAUGGUGGUGAUGCCCCCUGUGUUCAACAAAAGAGGCAUGCACCUGAAACUGCAGGCAGUCGGUGUGGAAAUAUUAAAGCAAAGUUUAAAAAAAGCAGACUGCCAUCUGCAGACUCAUCACUGCCACAGCACCAGUCUAAAGUUGAUGAUACACAGUUUAAAGAAGUGACGCAGGAUGCAUGCUCUAAUCAGUCACACAGUGUAAAAAAGAGUGGGCAUCUGAUUGGAACUAAAUGUGGCUCUGAUCAUGUUCAACACAAGACUAACAGACAAAUAACCUCAAAAAGAAAAGUUUCCCAUGAUUCUGAUGAAGUGCUUAAAAAAGACAACUUCAGCAAAAAGAAGACAAAUACAAAGAAUAUACUCCCAUCAGGAUCAGAGGACAGUUGUGAUUCUUUAUUUGCUAAACAAAGCAGUCCUUCAACUGAAACUGUGGAUUAUCUUUGUGGAACUGCCAAUGAAAAGCCUGAAAAAAACACUCAGUCAUUUAAAGAUUUACCAGAGAAGCAGCUGCAGUCUGUGGACACUGUGAGUCAGAAUCCCGUGAUUCCUCGCUUUCUUGUUCAGCGGUCUCCCCAACCCAAUGACUACUUGCAACUUUUAAAAGAAUCUAGAGUCCACAGGCAGGACAAAGAUGAAACCCAGUGUCCAAAGCGUCCCACACCAACCAGAAAACAGACUGACUCCAGUGGAAUUAAUAUGACUCAUUUGUUCAGAAAUAAAAAGGGAAGAUUUGUAUCCAAACCACAACUUGCAGAUGAGAUGCACCAUGCAACAAAGAAUAAAUUUCAGGCCAACGUAACAAAACCCAAACUUUCGUCACCUAGCCAGGAAGGCCCACCCACCUCCACCUGUAGCUUGUCUUCCUGUGGAAAAGGUUCUGAAGCCAGACAAAGCUCAGCCUCCCAAAGAGGUUUGUCUCAGUCUGGAGAAACCGCCACCUCUUCUAGUCUUCCUAAAUCUAAGCAGAAUCCAUCUAUUCCCAGAAAUGUGUCUUCAUCCACUCUACGGAGGUCUCACUGUAAUGGCAACCCCUCCACAUUAGAUCAUCCAUACACUCCUACACAAGGUCAAUCAUCUGCAACCAUGCAAUCAUCAGCAAGGAAACAAGUGACCGAAGAAUGGCAGAACGGCUAUUACCCAACCAGGAGAGACAGAAAAACUAGCCUGGGGAUGGAGGAUGACUUGAAAACCACAAAUCAUAAUUCUGGAAGGGAAGCUAGACCAGGACCGAGGCACUAUGACAGGGCACCCAAACUGAGGCACAACUUAGAUUCUGCAACCCCUCUGAUGAAGAAGUCCCAGAUUGACGCCAUACAGUGGACAAAGGCCAUAACUCGUGAUGCCCCAAGGGAACUAGGCUCUGGGGUGAAUAGUCACAGAAGUGGUCAAAGAACAGUGGCCACGCCAACAAAAGGUGAUGCUUCCAGGAUCAAGGAUCAAGGUUUUGGCAGGAAGGGGAAGAAGCGUCGAUCCACAAUUCCCCUGUGAAGAAAAAGGUUCCUGUGUCUACAAAUCAAGUUUGUUUGGCUCCCACAGAGACAGGUGGUUGAGGGGCCAGAACAGCAGUUACUGUUGUAACUGAUUAUUUCUUUGAUUUUCCAAAGCAUGUGUAUACUGUACAAUGACAGACUACUUUAUACCUAUUAGAAAGCUGAAUAUUCUGUGUUUUAACUUUGUGUGUAUAUGUGUACUGUAAAUAUAUUGUAUCAGCUCUUUCUGGUAAAGUCAUUGUUUUUGAAUGUUUUGUUUUGGUGUCACCUGGACACCCAUGUUCUUUUACCAGCUACCUCAAAAUAGAUAUUCAAAUUCAGCAUUACUUUGUUAAAUAUAAAGGCCUGUAUACAUCAGUCCGAUUUUUUUUAAGUUGAUAGUGUUUUUGUACUUGGCUCUGAUGAGAGAAUGUUGUAUUACUUUUUAAAAUGUUGAUGUCAAAAUACAUAGUCUUAAAUGGA